CUUGUGUGUAUAUAUGUGUGUGUGUCAUUUUAAUUGUGUGUUGUGUGAUUGAUUCUGACACACAGCAACCAUAAUUUACACAGUAGAACUGCCCCAUAGGGUAUUCUAGGCUGAAAUCUUUAUGGGAGCAGAUGGUCAGGUCUUUUCUCCCACAGAAAUACUGGUAGGUUUGAAGUGCCAACAUUUUGUUUAGCAACUGAGUGCUUAGCCAUUGUACCACCAGGGAUUCACACACACACACAUAUAUGAGUUCUCUAACAUUUCUUGCUGGCUGAGAAGGAAUUUAUAAUGUGAUGAGGUCCCUAUGCCUCGAUGUCCUCCAGCAAAUGCCCAGUGACCACUUGUCACAAGAUGUUGUAGAUGGGAUUCCAGUAUCAAUAGAAGCUGGAUUAGACAGCCUCAAUGGUUCUAAUCUUUUUGUAAAAUAGAAAAAGCAUGUUUUUUCUCUUCCUGUAUGCCAUGAAGGAAAAGAGUUUAUUUAUUAAAAUGCUUUGGUCUUAUUUGAAAACACAAAAUAUGAAAUGCUUAUCACCCUGCUUUAAAAAUGUUGUCUUUACAGGAUAAUCCCAAUAUCUGUGUUCAUCAUCAGCACUGAAACGGAAGAAAACAGGAUGAAUGUGACUGACUUAAUUCUAAUAGGACUUACACAGAAUCCUCAGAUGCAGAGAAUUCUAGUUGUUGUUUUGCUUAUCACCUACAUUGUCACUGUCUCAGGAAACCUGCUCAUUGUGGUCACCAUAAUCUGCAGUCAGGCAUUGAAAUCCCCAAUGAAUUUCUUCCUGGCCUUCUUAUCUUUGAUAGAUGCCUGCUACUCCUCUUCCAUACUUCCUAAAAUGCUAGCUGACUUGCUCUCUGAGACAAAAACCAUCUCCUUCAGUGGCUGCAUGACACAGAUCUUUAUUGAACAUUUCUUAGGUGGUUCUGAGGUUGCCCUCCUUGUGGUCAUGGCCUAUGACCGUUACGUGGCCAUCUGUAGUCCUCUGCACUAUGUGACCAUCAUGAACCACCAUGUAUGCUGCCUUUUGGUGGGGGUGUCUUGGACAGUGGGUUUUGUCCACUCUAUUGGACAGAUUCUUGUCACUUUCUGGCUCCCAUUCUGUGGCCCCAACAUUAUGGAUCACUUCACGUGUGACGUCUUCCCCCUGAUACAACUUGCCUGCACAGACAAUUUCCUUUUUGGUCUCCUGAUUGCUGCCAAUGGUGGGGUAAUGUCUGUGAUUACCUUUGUAAUGUUGUUGGUAUCCUAUGUCUUCAUCCUGCAUUCGUUGAGGAUUCACAGCUCUGCAGGAAGGAAAAAGGCCCUCUCUACCUGUACCUCCCACAUCACUGUUGUUGUCUUGUUCUUUGUGCCCUGUAUUUUUAUGUAUAUGCGACCAGUAGCCACCUUCUCCAUGGAUAAAGGCAUAACUGUAUUCUAUACCCUUGUCACUCCCAUGUUAAAUCUCAUUAUCUACACAGUAAGGAAUGCAGAAGUAAAAAAUGCCAUCAAAAUGUUACUGAAAAGAAAUGUAAUUUCAGAUAAUAAAUGACCCAAUAUGAAGAUUUUAUUUCUAUCAUAAUCUUUACAUUUUUAUGUUAAUAUAUAUGUGGGUUUGUGUGUAUGUGCGUAUAUAUAUAUAUAUAUAUAUAUAUGCAUAUAUAUAUGUAUAUAUAUACCUCUUUCCCACCUGUAUCACUUAACUGCCAUAGAACCUUUGCACAAGAAUGGCAUGGAGGUUGUGUCUGACCUCCUCUAACUUCACAAGGGGAAAGGAGAAUCAAAGCCAACAGCCCAAGCCUGAUUCCUUGCGGAAGUCAGAUAUGACUCCUUUCUCUGCCAUCUUUACUAAUUUUGAUACCAACUGUCCCUGCAUGACACUCUCUACUUCUCUGCUGGGUUCGGUAAUCCAUUGCAAUGGCCACACAGAACUCACAGACAAUACUCACGAUUAUGGUGUUUAUUAGGGAAGUAACAGUUACAAUUCAGGCCCAAGAACAUUCAAGAUACAGCUCUUCCAUCAGGGCAGCCUCUUCCCAGCUGUGUUCACAGGCACACCUCUCCCUGGUCCUAGGCGUCUACCCAAAGGCACUCAACUUUCUUCAUGGGCCAGGAAGCCCACCAAGCCUUCACCUGUCAGUUCUUUCUUCCCACCACUUCUCACCAUCUUCAGGGUUAUAGCUCGUUGUCUCUGUUGGUCUCUUUCUUCUAGGAGCUUCUUAGCACAGGAACCCCAGGUCCAAAGGAUGUGCUGGCUUCUGGCUGUUAAUCUUUGGUGGCAGUGGGAUCUCUUCUUUACCCCAUUUGAUGUGGCUCAUUUCAAGCCCAGCUGGGGAGCAAAACUGACCAAUCCCUUUGGUGGACCACCAUUAUCCUACCACGGAGUGCUGCUGGGGGUUACAAGACCGCGGCUAGAGAGGCCACACAAAAGUGAUCCUUCACAUCGCAGUUUGCAACAAUUAUUCUGAUUUACAGGUGAUAAAAAUUAAGUUAAAAAGGGCUAAAUAAUCAGCCCAAGGUCAGAGGCAGAGCUAUUUGAAUCUGCAUUUGUUCUAAUUACAAAUCCCAUAUUCUUUCAACCAUUUCAAAUUGUAUCAGGAUCAAAGGCAGCCUUUAUUUUAUAUCGAAGCCUUUCUUGCUUUGUUACAAAUUGCAAAUUCUCUUCUCUAAUUGCAGAGUUGUAUAACUGACUUGCACAUGGAAGCUGUUGUUACUUCAGAACCCAUAGUGGCUACUGGUAUCUAGGACAGUGCAGAAUACAGUUUAGAAAGAAAAUACUUGCUAAUACUCUCUCAGCACACUGACAAUAUACCAAUGUUUAAAAUUAUGUGGGUUUCUUGUUCUGACAAGUAAAAGCUGUCAGUAAUAAAAAUUCAUUGUAUUUAAACCUAAGUGAAAUUUUAAAGUGUCCUUUGGUGGUCACAAUGACCCUAUAACAUUGAAAUUUAGUUAAUGUUAUUAUUUUACUGGAAAAAAAGUAGGUGGGUCAUAAAAUUUAAAUAAUUAGAUCAUAGAACAAAUAAAUCAGCCUUGAGCUCAAAUAUUCUCACUUCACAUCCUGUGACUUUUUCAUUAUACAUAUAAUUCUUUUGUGCUAGUACUUAGUUAUACUUAGUUAUGGUCUGUUUUUUUUAAAUAUAUAUUUUUUAAUUUUAUGUCAUACUUGUUGCCAUCAAGUUGAUUCUGACACACAGCAACCCUAUAGUACCCUAUAGUCCAAAGAGAGACUGAUAUAUUUGAACUACUUACCUUUUGUUUAGCAGCCAAACUCUUAACCACUACUCCACCAGGGCUCCAUGUGUCAUAGGAAGUGACAUUUUGUUAGGUUUAAAAUCAUUUAAACAAAGAAAAAAACAAAAAACCCAUUGCCAUUGAGUUGAUUCUGAGUCACAGAGAUCCUAUAGGACAGAGUAGAAGAGCCCCAUAGGGUUUCCAAGGAGCAGCUGGUGGAUUCAAACUGCUGACAUUUGGUUAACAGACUUAGCUCUUAAUCACUGGGUCACCAUGGCUCCUUAGUGGUAAUUACGUGCUGUUCUUUUUUUCCCCCCAAACACUGUGUAACAUAUCAAUUUAACUAUUAAAAAUUCACUAUGUUGUUACUUGAAUCUAACAUUAUUAAGUAUAUAUCUGAGACUUCUCUUUGCAAACUGCUUCCAGAGAUGGCUUAAGCAUAAGGCGUACAAGAAAAGAGAAAUCAUUACUCCUCAGUUGGUCAAGGGAAGAUUUCUCAGCUAAAGAACUUACUUAACUCAUAAGACUUUGUUGCAAAUAAGUUUUGGUUCUUUUAAAAAACAAAGUUUGCAACCACGAGAUGAAUGUAUGCCAUAGAUGUCUUUAUAGGACACUUUGACAUAGUGUUCUAGCCUCCCACCUCAUGGGUAUCAUACAUUUUAUUCGAGAAGUCAGAGGAUUCUAAGAUGCAACAAUAAUUAGCAAGAUAUUAUGACUGUGAAACACAGUGGAGGGUAAGAACACCAGCUUCAGGAUCAGUAGACACUGGUUUUUUUUUUCCUUACUGUGCGAUGGCAGUGGGUUUUUUUUGGGGUGCCCCCAUUUCAUUAUAUGAUCUUAUAUAGGUCUCCCUAUAUUUAUAGGUAGUUUACUUAGAUAACUUAGGAGGUGUUCCCAAGCUCUUUGAUUCUGUUCAUUCCAUUUUUAUUUCCUUAAAUAUUGUUUUAUUUAAUUCUACUUCAUUUGGAAGAAGUAAAAUUGGAAGAGUCAUAAGCAAUUAUAUUUCUACAGGCCAAGAGUUGGCCACAGCCCACCACCUUAAACAUUUCUAUUUUUGGUAAACAGCUCAGGAGAUGUUUUCCUUUGAUGAAAGGAUCUUUGGCCUGGACUAAACAAUUGAGGAUAAGACCUCUGCUCUUGAAGGUUUUAUUGCCUUGAAAACAUGGACCUCUGCUGAUUGAAAUGUAUGAAGUUGGCCGUAAGAUGAACACUUUGGCAGUCCCACUUCUUUUUGGUGUGGAAUCAGUCCCUAAAUCUGUCAAACAUGAAACUGUAGCUCAACUGGUUUCUUCCCAACUGUGAUCUGAUGCGUAUUUGAUUUCUCCUGUUUUUAUUCUAAUUUAUCUUCCAGUUUGAAAAUCCAUGUUACUGUCUAUCCAGUGUUUUUUCCACUCUUUCCUUGGAAUUGUGUUCUGGAAACAAGCUUUUCUGGUAUAGCUUCAGGAACACCCCUUUUGAAAAAUUACCUUCAGAGCCAACCCUGACUGAUUUAAACCUAAUUUUUUUUCCAUGGAAGAAUUGAUGUAUUCAAACUGUGGUGUUGGUGAAGAAUACUGAAUAUACGUUGGACUGCAAGAAAAGUAAACAAAACAGUCUUAGAAUAAAUACAAUCAGAAUGCUCCUUAGAAAUAAAGAUGAUGAAAGUUUUCAUUGCUUACUUUUAACACAUCAUCAGGAAAAACCAACUGCUAGAAAGGACAUCUUUUUUGGUAAAGUAGAGGGUCAGUGAAAACAAGGGAAGCCCUCAAUAAGAUGGAUUGUCACAAUAGCCAAAAAAAGGUUUUAAAUAUAUCAAAGAUUUUGAAGAUGGUGAAAGACUGGAUGGUGUUUUGUUCCAUUACACAUAGGGUUGCCAUGAGUUGGAGCCAAAUUGAAGGCAACUAACAACAACAACCGUAGACUCUGCCCUUUCUCUAUUUCAUACUACUCUAAGCCAUGCAGAACUAGACUAGACAGGUGUAAGGGAGUCUAAAGAAAUCUCUCUCCUCACCACUUUAGUUGCUUAGUAGAGAUUAGAUGACAAUUUAAUGGGUCACUGUGAAUGGAUUUCAAUCUUUUAGGAGAAUGGGCAAAAUGACCUUGGAAGUACAUGUUAAUUUGACUAAUUCUGAUUCUGUACUUUCAUUCCAGAGUUGAAAGACAAAGUUGAAGACAUUUUCACAGAUGGAAAUCCAUAUUCAUUAGAGUUCUUUGUAUAGUUUCACAUCCCCUGUCAAACUAUAGAACCUGCCAUGACAAGCACUAUAAUAGUCAGAUGUUUAAUCAAAAUCAGUUUAGUCACAUGGGCACAGACAGCUUUCUUAAAUUAUUUUUCUCCCACUACACAUGCUGCUCACAGUGACUGUACCCUCUUGAACCAAUUCAGAAGCUAAACACAAUUUAUUUUUCCUUUUAUUUAAACAGCACAGUUGAACAUAGGUGAAUAAAUGUGGUCCCAUAUAGGAAUGUUUCUGAACUGAAUUUAUUUUGUUUUUAAAAGUAAUUUUUCAAACAUUGGCAUUUUAUUAUUUUUAAUAGGUGACUUGUAAUAUACUCAAAAUGGAUGUCAACAUAAAUGUGCCAUGACACUUCUGCUGUAAAACAAUAAUCUAAGAAUAAGAAUCCUGAACCAGGAUUCAGGAGGAUUAGUUUCUUCUUUUACCUUGGCAGUCAAUUUUCUGAUUCCCUGUCUUAGUUUUCCUGGUUAUACAAUGUGAAUAUUGAUAGCUGUGUCAUUCCCAUUACAUAGGGCUAAUGUUUGACUCAAUUUAAAAGGCUGCAGAAAAUGGCUCAGUGUAUCAACUACUUCUGUGUAUAAAUAAUUCAAGAUAUGAAAUUUUUCCUCAUUAUCAUAUUGGUCUAAUUCCGCGAUUAGAGAAUCAACUGCUGUGAGGAAGUACUUAACAAUGUACUCAGUAUGAAGGGAUCAUAUCUGUCUCUUCCUGCAUACCUGAAUACAACACUUAAAAAUUAUGAACAACACAAAGGGUAGCUUGAUAAAGACACAAAAUAUUAUAGCGAAGAAUUAAAAAGUCAGAUAGUUACAUACAUGUCAUGGAUUGAAUUGUGUUUCCCAAAAACAUGUGUAUCAAUUUGGAUAGGUCAUGAUUCCCAGUAUUGUGUGAUUUUCCUCCAUUUUGUCAUCUGAUGUGAUUUUCCCAUGUGUUGUAAAUCCUGUCCCUAUGACGUUAAGAGAUGGGGUUAAUGGCAGUUAUGUUAAUGAGGCAGGACUCAAUCUACAAGAUUAGAUUGUGUCUUGAGCCAUCCUCUUUUGAGAUAGAAAAGACAGAGGUGAGCAGAGAGACAUGGGGGUCUCAUACCACCAAGAAAGCAAAGCCAGAGGCACAGCACAUCUUUGGACCUGUGAUUCCUGCACAGAGAAGCUCCUAGACCACAGGAAGAUUGAUGACAAGGACCUUUGUCCAGAACCCAAGGACAGAGAAAGUCUUCCCUUAGAGCUGGAACCCUGAAUUUGGCCUUCUAGCCUCCCAGAUUGUGAGAGAAUGAAUUUCUCUUUGUUAAAGCCACCCAUUUGUGGUAUUUCCGUUAUAGCAGCAAUAGAUAACUAAGAAUUUGGUACCAAGAGUGGGGUGCUGCUCUAAGAGAUACCUAAAAUGUGGAAGAAGUUUUGAAACAGUGAAUGUAUAGAGGAUUCAGAGGAAAAUGAAGAGAGCUGUUACACUGGAGAUGGCACAGAUGGCAAGAAGCAGUGGCAGAGAACCAGCAGUGGCAGAACAAGGAGUCCAGCAUGAGAUGACACUGGAGCCCACCCACGAAGUGCAAGAGCUGACGGCCUUUGGCAGUAGGCUUCUUGGCAGUGUGGGGUGCCUCCAGAUACUUAUCAGUGGAGCUACAGAGCUUUGGAAAUCUUUCCCCAGCAGGGCAGAUAUGGGUUGUGAGGCCCUAGGGGCUGAGAGGACAAGAAACCAGGAGGCAGAAGCUGAAAAGACAAGGAACACAGGAAAACAAUCUGCCUCAGUCUCAAAGGGUAUGGCCACAACCUCUGGGGUCUCAGAGGGUGGAGCCAUGGCCCCUGGUAUUUCUAAGAGUGGAGUCACCACUCAGAUGGACUAGGAGAAUGGUGUGCCUAAAGCUGAAGGAGCAGAGUUGCUGUCCCAGUGGGCCUGGAAGGUGGAACAGAGGCCCAGGGCCGAGGGACCUCCACUCAGAAUCCAGAAAGCAUGGCCAAUAGCUAGAUCUGGAGGAUAGGGCCUUUGUGUAAAUGGUCUCAGAGAACAGAGGAUUAUUUUCAAAGCCUUAAGGGCAAAUGUAAUGUGUUCUGCUGACUUACAUGGUGCCUAUUAUCCUUUCUUUCCUUCCAAUUUCUUACAUUUGUAAUGGAAAUGUUUAAUUUGUGCCUGUUCCACCAUUGUACUUUGGAAGCAGAUAGCUUCUAUUCUAGAUUUCGCAAAUGAGGAAGAAUUUUUGGACUUGGGACUUGGAGUGGCUUAAGACUUUUGCUAUGAUACAAUGGGGUGAAUGUGGUUUACGUGUGGUGAGAACAUGAAGUUUUUGGGGCCAAAGUGUGGAAUAUCAUGGAUUGAAUUGAAUGUGUAUUAAUUUGGCUAGGCCAUGACUCCCAGUAUUGUGUGAUUGUCCAUCAUUUUGUCAUCUAAUGUGAUUUUCCUAUGUGUUUUAAAUCCUAUCUCUAGGAUAUUAAUGAGAUGGGAUUAGUGGCAGUUAUGUUAAUGAGGCAGGACUUAAUCUACAAGAUUGGAUUGUGUCUUGAGACAAUCUCUUUUGAGAUAGAAAAGAAAGAAGUGAGCAGAGAGACCUGGGAAAUUCAUACCACCAAGAAAGCAAUGCCAGGAGCAGAGUGCAAUCUUUGGACCUGAGGUUCCUGCACAGAGAAGCUCCUAGACUACGGGAAGAUUGAUGAUAAGGAGCUUCCUCCAGAACCCACAGAGAAAGAAAGCCUUACCUUAGAGUUGGCACUCAGAAUUUGGACUUCUAUCCUCCUAGACUAGGAGAGAAUAAAUUUCUCUUUGUUGAGGCUCUCCACUUGUGGCAUUUCUUUUAUAGCAGCACUAGAUAACUAAGAUAGCAGCUGUUUAUAUAAUGCCAAACACCUAGAAACUGCCCACUAAGCUAAUUUGUUAUCAAAAUAUCCAGAUUCUAAUAUCUUUUCAUUUAUUCUUAAGUGGUCAACUCAUUUUUUUCUCUUGUCAUGUGAUUUUUCUUCUUGUAGACUUAGGGAAGAAUUUAAAAAUUAAAGAUGGAUUCUUAUAGAAGUUCUCUGAUGUUCAGUUAGGUAACUGGAAAUAAUUGGGUGGUUGGCAAGUUCUGCUAAUGAUGAUGAAAUACUCCUGAGGUCUCAUUAGCUACAGCUAAGAAACUUCAGAGAAGUUGCCUGCAAAUAGGAUAUGUAGUAACAUUUUUAAGCCUCAAGAGAAAGGCAUUAUUCAAAGGUGCCAUUUAUAAAUCAGCAAAGAGAUUUAUUGUAGCUGAGCUAUUGGCACUUUAAAUCUUACAACUUUACUUAUUUCUUAUUUCUGUCUGGGUGAUUUAACAGUGGCUUGGGGCCCUGGGCAGGAAGCUGUGCCAGAUAAGUUCAUAGGUGAGAAUUUUUUUUUUUUUUUUUUUGAGAAAAGAAUAUAAUUAUAGAAUCUCAGAUUUAAACGGACCUUAAAACUGUAUGGUCACCUUCCACCCCACCUCCCACAACCAAAUAACAACAUUUCAAAUUAUUUUCCUUUCUUUCAAUUGAAAUAUAUUUAAAUUAGUUAGAAUCAAAUUAGAUGUCCAAAUUCAGAUGCAAAUUGUCCCACUUAAAUGAUGAGAAGAGUUUUCCUAUGACAUUACACAAUUCUUAAAAAAAAAAAAAAUCCCUUUUAAAAGUUAUACACCAUUCCAUGAAAUGCAAAAUAUUUGGCCUCACCGUUUUUCUAAUGCUGCACAUGUCAUACAGUUUUAUUUUUUAUUGGUUUA